GACACCAUAUAGGUUUUGACAAGGGAACUUAAUUAACUACGGACGUGGACAAGGAUUGGAAAUCAUGUCAAAACAGUGGCGAAUGAUCCCGUGUCACAUAUCAGAAUUGCGUUUGGACAUUACCCUUGCAUGUGGGCAAAGUUUUAGAUGGAAGGAGAUUGAACCAGGAAUAUGGAGGAGUGUGCUAGGAGGCAGCAUCUGGACUCUGAAGCAGACCGGUACCCACAUCUUCUACCAACGUCACAAUCAUAGCACAUGUCAAGAAGAAGAGAACUGUGAUCAGAGUGGUGAUGCACUGCAGUCCCAUCGGAAGAAGCGAGGAGCUGGUCAGACUCAAGCCUUCAAGAACAAGAAAAGGGCAAAGGUUACAUCAGGCAGCGGAGAAGAUGGGCGUGGUAAUAGUGCCAAAGGGGAAGAAGACGAUGGAAAAUCCUCAAGGGACAUUUUACGAGACUAUUUCCAGCUCGACAUGAACCUGGGAGAGCUGUACAACCAGUGGCAGAAAGCAGACAAGAACUUCUCCAAGGUGUCCCAGGGGUUUCCUGGAGUUCGUAUCCUGAGACAGGAUCCUGUGGAGAACCUGAUCUCCUUCAUCUGUUCAUCUAAUAACAACAUUGCAAGGAUCACUGGGAUGGUUGGAAAGUUGUGCCAGGAAUUUGGAGAUGAGGUGGGAGUAUUAGACGGUGUAUCCUGGCAUUCUUUUCCGUCCCUGGCGGCUUUGAGCGGCAAGGGUGUGGAGGAAGCACUGCGGAAGAUGGGGUUUGGAUACAGGGCAAAGUUCAUCAGCCAUUCAGCUCAGAUGAUGACCAAAGACCUUGGAGGCGAAGACUGGUUGAGGGGUCUACGAGGUCAGCCCUAUCUGGAGGCCCAUUCUGAAUUGAUGAAACUUCCGGGUGUAGGGGCAAAGGUUGCAGACUGUGUAUGUUUGAUGUCCUUAGACAAGAGAGGAGCCAUACCAGUAGACACCCAUGUCUGGCAGAUAGCAUCCAGGGAUUACAUACAUACACUGCAGAAGACAAAGACCCUGACAGAUCGCACUUACCGCCAGAUUGGUGACUUCUUCAGAGAACUCUUCGGGGAAUAUGCAGGCUGGGCUCAUUCGGUCCUAUUCAGUGCUGAUCUAAAGAAAUUUCAAGAAUCACCCAGCCCUAAACCAAAGAAUGGAAAGACUCAAAAGGAACAGCAUGGAAAGAUCCAAAAGUCAAAGAGAAGGUCACCCAAUGGACAAUCAGUCAGAUGACAUCUCUGGACAUCACUUCUUCUUUGACCACAAGUCUCUCAUCUUUGUGGACAUUGAGCAGCAGCCAUGCAAAUCUUUGGCCUAUAUUAGAAAUCAUUCACCUUAUAUGCAGCCCUGGUGACUAUCCCAUAUUUUCCUUUCCUCUAACACCAUACAGUAUUCUCAGUAGAAUAGAAAUUUGGUAUAAAUAGGUCCAGGCUCUAGGCUACAUAGAGUGUGAUUGACUUAAAACUGGGUCCCAAUUGCCAAUAUUAUUCCAUAUCAAACUUGUAUUAUGUCAUCUUAGGCCACUGCACACCUUACGACCGUUCCACAAAUCGUUUUUGGAACAAAUCACCUUUUGCUCAUUUUCUGAAAAUGUGAAUGAGAAGUAUGUUUUUAUUGGAGGUUCAAAUUAACUGAAAUAAUACUAAUCUAACAAAUUUGGAUGAUUGCAAGCCUUUAUAUUUGCAUCAAAUUCUACUACGUUUUAUUCCGAAAGCGGGUCGAAGAGCAAUCGUAAGGUGUGCGGUGGCCUUUAGUUCUUAGCAUUUUGCUAAAGUUUAUAGCCUGAUUAUAUGAACAAUCUCUAUAACCAGGGAAUGUUACUGGUUGCAUGGAAUUAGCAGUUCAGCUGUGGAUUUGUUCAUACUCGGCACUCUGGUAUCAAAACUGAGCCCUGUUGUCAAAAGAUGGACAUUUGCAUUUGUUCUUAUUAUGGAAUGGCUUGUUAUUUUUUGGGAAUAAAGUUUUAUACUACUACUGGUAACCAAACUCCAAAACUAGCCUGUAUUUCUUUGCUAGUAUUGUUCUUUAUGAACUUACUUUCACUCUUAUCAAGCACAUUCACAAACAGGAAAUAAAAUUUACAUUUUUUUCCUUUGGAGC